AUGGAGCAGAUGAACCAAACCGCUGUUACAGAGUUCAUCCUUCUAGGGCUCUCCAGCAAACCUUCUGUGAAGGCUAUCAGCUUUUGCCUGUUCCUGGUGAUGUAUGUGUUCACACUGUCAGGAAACCUCCUACUGAUCAUGGUGGUGAGACUCAAUACCCAGCUUCAGACCCCAAUGUAUUUUUUCCUUUCUAAUCUCUCACUUGUUGACCUCUUUUUCUCCUCCACCACAGUGCCAAAAAUUCUAGUGAGCACGUUAUCUCAGGACAAAAGUAUUUCUUUCGUGGGGUGUGCAGCUCAGAUGUACUUCCAUCUGGCGUUAGGCGCCACUGAAUGUAUUCUACUGGCCGUGAUGGCCUUUGAUCGAUACACAGCCAUCUGUAGACCAUUACAAUAUAACACUACGAUGGACAAGAGGCUCUGUCUAUGCUUGGCUUUAGGGUCAUGGUUUGUGAGCUUCCUAAACUCUUUUAUCCAUGCAGUCUUCACCUUCCAGCUACCUUACUGUAAAUCCAAUCAAGUCAACCAUUAUUUUUGCGAGAUGCCUCCUCUUUUCCGUAUAUCUUGCACGGACACAUGGUUCAAUGAAAUUGCAGUGUACAUAUCCGGUGGGUUGAUUGCACUUUGCUCGUUCUUGCUGACGCUAUUGUCCUACGUUCACAUUAUCUCCAACAUCUUCAAGAUCCGCUCAAGUGAAGGAAAAUACAAGGUUUUCUCCACCUGCGCCUCGCACUUGACGGUGGUCUGUCUCUACUACGGAACCAUCAUGUUUAUGUACCUGCGACCACGGCAUAGUUACUCCCCGGAUCGGGAUAGGGCUGUUUCAAUCCUGUAUACGGUGGUGACACCCAUGCUGAAUCCGAUCAUUUACAGUAUUAGAAAUAAAGAGGUCAAAAACGCUUUGAGAAGGAUAUUUGUUUUAAACGCCUUAAAGCUAUGUUGGCUCUUUCAUGAAAUGGCACGUUACUUAAAGAAGGUCUUGACCUAA